UACUAUAUAACAAAUAAUUUGAGGAUGCUUGACAAGUUCAAGACCAAGUCUGCCCGUGUUAAAGGAAUAUCAUUCCACACAACACGACCAUGGGUUCUAGCCUCGCUCCACUCUGGAGUAAUCCAACUCUGGGACUACAGGAUGGGUACCCUGAUAGAGAAGUUUGACGAACAUGACGGUCCUGUUAGAGGAGUUCACUUCCACAUCUCUCAACCAUUGUUUGUGUCUGGUGGUGAUGAUUACAAGAUCAAGGUUUGGAACUACAAGCAAAGGAAAUGUCUGUUCACAAUGUUGGGUCACCUCGAUUACAUUCGGACCACGUUCUUCCACGACGAGCACCCUUGGAUAGUGAGCUGUUCUGACGAUCAGACCAUCAGGAUCUGGAACUGGCAGAGCCGCUCUUGUAUCAGUGUACUAACAGGACAUAACCACUACGUGAUGUGCGCGCAGUUCCACCCUAAACAGGACCUUGUAGUGUCCGCUAGUUUGGACCAGACAGUAAGAGUCUGGGACAUUACCGGACUGAGAAGGAAGAGAGCUCAGCCUGGGUCAGCCGAUACAUUUCGCACCCAAACACCAGGUCAGAUAGAUCUGUUUGGACAGAGUGAUGCGCUCGUGAAGCACGUGCUGGAGGGACACGACCGAGGAGUUAACUGGGUCCACUUCCAUCCUACCCAACCUCUAAUUGUUAGCGGAGCGGACGAUAGACAGGUGAAGUUGUGGAGGUUUAACGAGGCGCGCGCAUGGGAGGUGGACACGUGCAGGGGGCAUUACAACAAUGUCAGCAAUGUUAUCUUCCAUCCUAGAAAUGAGAUUAUAAUCUCUAACUCCGAGGAUAAGAGCAUUAGAUUGUGGGACCUGAACAAGAGGAACUGUGUAAAUACCUUCAGAGGAGAAGAUAGAUACUGGUGUAUAACUGCUCACCCUGCUCUCAACUUAUUUGCUGCAGGUCAUGAUAACGGAAUGAUAAUAUUCAAGCUGGAGCGGGAGAGACCAGCCAGUGUGGUCCACGAGAACUCUGUCUUCUUCAUCAAGGACAGGUUCCUGAGAAAAUACACCUUCGGUAGUGGCAAGGAUGUUGCUGUACUGCAGCUCAAACACGGAGACAGCAACUGUCAGCCCAACUGUUUGUCCUACAACCCCGCUGAGAGCAGUAUUAUAGUGUCCACUGUAAACAGCAGUAAGAAUGCAGGCACCACCUACUACGAGGUGUACCAGAUAGGCAAGGAUAGAGGUGAUAGAAAUGACGUUCAGAUGGGUGAAGGUAAGAGAAUGAAAGGUGUGACCGCUGUUUGGGUAGCACGAAACAGGUACGCUGCUCUGGAUAGCUCCGGAAAACUACUUGUUAAAUCAAGCAGCCACGAGACUACUAAGACGAUAGAACUGACAGGGGGUAUUGAUUAUAUCUACUACGCUGGUACUGGAACUGUACUCCUACGCAACCCUGAAUCUGUUUCUCUCUACGACAUCCAGCAGAAAAUUACCGUCGCCUCUGUUCGCAUACCCAAAGUGGUGAGAGUGGUUUGGUCUAAUGACAUGUCUCAUCUUGCUCUACUCUGCAAACGAACUAUCGCAAUCUGCAACAGAAAGUUGGAGCUUAAAGCUACCAUUCAUGAGAGUGUCAAGAUCAAGAGUGCUGCCUGGAAUGAGCAAGGUGUGUUGAUCUACACGACUGCUAACCACAUUAAAUACACUCUACAUAACGGAGAUAACGGAAUAGUCCGGACUCUAGAUCUACCCAUCUACAUCUCUGCUGUCAAGGGUAACAGCGUGUACUGUCUGGACCGUGAAGCUAAGCCACGUGUUCUGACUAUUGACUCAACUGAGUUCAAGUUUAAACUUGCCCUGGUUGAUAAGAAGUAUGACGAGGUUCUGCACAUGGUAAGGAAUGCUAAUCUGUACGGACAAGCUAUCAUAGCUUAUCUACAGAAGAAGGGUUACCCGGAAGUAGCCCUCCAUUUCGUAAAGGAUCCCAAAACUCGCUUCAACCUGGCUGUGGAGUGUGGCAAUAUUGAGGUUGCAAUGUCAGCCGCUCAAACACUGGACGACGCAGCAGUUUGGGAGAAACUCUCACAGAUCGCUCUUCAACAAGGCAACCACCAGGUGGUUGAGAUAGCAUAUCAACGCACCAAGAACUUUGAGAAACUGUCGUUCCUCUACCUUAUCACCGGAAAUAUGGAGAAGUUGAGAAAAAUGCAGAAAAUAGCGGAACACAGAGGAGAUACCAACUCCCACUACCAGAACACCCUAUACACUGGAGAUGUAGCGGAGCGAGUAAAAGUGCUGAAGAGCGUGGGACAGAGGGGCCUGGCUUACUUGUGUGCUAAAACACAUGGCAUGGAGGAAGAGGCUGAGUCUAUAGCUGCUUCUCUACCUGCUGAACAGAUCCCCCAAGUACCGGAGAAUGCGAAGCUCCUAAAGCCAGGUGUCCCCAUAAUGAAGAGUGAUGAGAACUGGCCGCUGCUCACUGUCAGCAAGGGAAUAUUCGACAAAGUAGCUGGGGGAGAGCCCACCAGUGCCCUGGACGCUGAGGUGGAUGUAGAUGUGGAGGUGGAGGGAGCCUGGGGAGAUGAGGACCUGCAGCUAGAAGAGGGUUCAGAGCCUGAGUUUGAUAAGUCUGACGGUGAAGGAUCUGCAGCAGGAUGGGACGUGGACGAGGACCUGGAGCUGCCACCAGAUCUGGACAUUGCAGUGACAGCAGUUACAGGGGGCAGCUACAAUCCACCUGCUAUUGGUACCAGCACUGCUAAGAGAUGGGCGGAUAAUUCCCAGUUUGCUGUUGAUCAUCUGAUGGGGGGAUCUGUAGACUCUGCUAUGAGACUGUUAGACGACCAAGUGGGCGUAGUGGACUUCAACCCUUACAAGUCCCUGUUUAUGCAAGUUAUGGGUCGUGGAGCGGUAUGUCUGCCUGGUAUACCCUGUCAAGCCCCUGUAUUCGCAUACCCCCCUCGUAACCUGAACGAGAAUGCUCCUAAGAACGCUCUUCCUCGCAAGUUCAUCAAGCUUACUGAACUGGUGGAGCAGCUCCAGGUGGGAUACCAGUUGACAACUCAAGGAAAGUUCGGUGACGCAGCGGUGAAAUUCCACAGUAUCCUCCUGUCUGUACCUCUCCUUAUAGUCGAUACUAAGGAGGAAAUGAACGAGGCAAUACAGCUAAUGGGUAUCUGUAGAGAGUAUAUCCUGGGUCUCCAGAUGGAGCUAGCUAGAAAGGAACUGCCUAGACGCACUGUUGAUGAUCAGAUCCGGAUAUGCGAGCUAGCAGCGUACUUUACACAUUGUAACCUGCAACCAAUGCAUCUCAUGUUAACACUGCGUACUGCUGUUAGUCUCUUCUACAAGAUGAAAAACUUCAAGACUGCGGCUUCCUUCGCUCGCCGGCUGAUCGACCUGGGCCCUAAACCCGACAUAGCGACUCAAAUGAGAAAGAUUCUGGCGGCGUGUGAGAAAAAUCCAACAGACGAACAUAAACUGCAGUAUGAUCAGCAUAACCCCUUCGUUCUGUGCGCCAUGACCUAUCAACCUAUCUAUAGAGGAAAGGCUGUAGAGCGGUGUCCGUUGUGUUCUGUUAAUUAUACGCCAGAAUGUAAAGGACAGAUUUGCACUGUCUGUAAAGUGGCGGAAGUUGGGAAGGAAUGUAUCGGUCUGCGUAUCUGUCCCAACCAGUUCAGAUAGGAACCCUAUCCUCGGACUACAUAACACGGAACAUUGAAUAUGAUUAACUUUGUGUUUCACUGGAAAGGUUUUAACUUGAUUAGCUUAUUAUUUACUUAUUUCACUUACCUAGUAGUAGUAACUCUCGUGUCUGUUGUACGGUAAUAUAAUGCAUGAGUAGAUUAUAUCUUCAAUAGCUAAGAAAUACGUUAACAUAUUUACAAAAUUCGGAGUAUGGACUUAUAUUUUCUGAGUUUGACGUAGGACUCCUUUUCAACGAGUUUUGAUAAUUGUAAAACUAAAAGAAUUCAAUUUUGAUCUCGAACCAUUUUUAUGAGCUAAAUUAUCGUAUUUUGGGAUUAAUUUGUUCAAAAGAUUUGUGUAACUGUAACUAUACUUAUUGAUACAAUCACCAAACAUAA